UCGAUGCUCUCCGCCCUCACUCGGCUCUCUCUCCCAAGGGUUUAGAAUUUCUCGUCUUCGAAAUUAGGGUAAGGGUUAGGGGCUUUUCGGCUUCGACUGAGAUAAUCGGCUCGCUUGUUUCUUCUUCGAUCUUUGAAGAAAAUUCAUUCGAGCGAACAUAGUUUUUCAAGCCAGCUUGUCUUUUUAGACCACGUCAUAAGGUUGGAAGUUCAGCUGUGAAGUGGUAACUCUGAUUAUAGAGUAAUCCAGAUAAAGGAGUAUUAGCAACUAAAUCACCAUGAAGGCACUCAUCCUUGUAGGUGGAUUUGGGACUCAACUGAGGCCCUUGACAAUCAGCAUGCCAAAGCCACUUGUUGACUUUGCCAACAAGCCAAUGAUUUUGCAUCAGAUUGAAGCCCUUAAAGCUACUGGAGUAACUGAAGUCAUCUUAGCCAUCAAUUACCAGCCACAAGUCAUGCUGAGCUUUCUCGAAGAGUUUGAAUCAAGGCUUGGGAUCGAGAUCACCUGCUCUCAAGAAAAUGAGCCAAUGGGCACUGCCGGCCCUUUGGCCCUUGCAAAGGAGAAAUUGCUUCAGGAGGCUGACAAGCCAUUCUUCGUGCUCAACAGCGAUAUCACAUGUGAAUACCCAUUAAAAGAGAUGCUUGAAUUUCAUAAUGCUCAUGGAGGUGAAGCAUCAAUCAUGGUAACCAAGGUGGCUGAGCCAUCAAAAUAUGGAGUUGUAGUUUUGGAUGAGAAUUCAGGUAGGGUCAAGAAAUUCGUUGAGAAACCUGCAGUAUUUGUAGGUAACAAAAUUAAUGCAGGCAUAUACCUAUUGAACACCUCUGUUCUCAAUCGAAUUCCACUUGGUCCCUCAUCAUUAGAACAGCAAGUUUUCCCUUCCAUUGCCAAGGAGGGAUGCCUAUAUGCCAUGGUCUAUGAUGGAUUCUGGAUGGAUGUUGGACAGCCCAAGGAUUACCUCACAGGCCUUGGAUUUUAUUUAGACUAUCUGAGGAGGAAAUCAGCAUUGGAGCUUGCUGUCGGACGCAACAUCAUUGGGAAUGUGUUGAUCGAUGAGAGUGCAAAGAUUGGUGAAGGGUGCUUAAUUGGGCCUGAUGUGGUGAUUGGUCCCAAUUGUGUGAUCGAGCCGGGGGUGAGGUUAUCAUCAUGCACCCUGAUGAAGGGGGUGCAGGUGAAGAGAUCAGCUCAUGUGUCGGGCAGCAUCAUUGGAUGGUAUUCAACAGUUGGGGAGUCAGCUCAAGUUAGCAGCAUGGCGGUGCUCGGAGAGGAUGUCCAUGUCGGGGAGACUGUGUUCCUUAAUGGAGCAGUUGUCCUGCCUCACAAAGAGAUCAAAUCACAUUUUGUGAAGCCUGAGAUUGUAAUGUAAAGCAAACACAAUGCACCAACCAAAAUAUUGAAGUGAUCUUGAUGAUAGAGAUUUCCAUACAUGCAAAGAAAUUUUUAUACUGUUUAAAAUGUCUAUCUAUUUUUAACCUACAGGCAGCCAUGUAAUUAAUCUUUAUGCUGAGUAGUUUCUCUUUUUCUGGUCUGUCUGUGUUAAGUUGUCAAAGAGUAGGCAAAGCUGUAUGAGGAAAUGCUUACGUUUUAGUUGUUGUUUACCGCUUAUUAUUAUGGAAUGAUGAAUUGUGGAGUUGAUGACUUU